AUGAUGACCGCCAAGGCGGCGGACAAGAUCCCGGUGACCCUCGGCGGGUUCGUGCACCAGCUCCCCGAGGGCAUUUACCCCGCGGAUGACAUCUCCGCCGCGCUGCCAACUUCGGUCGCGAUCUUCCCCAAUGCCGACCUGGCGGGGCCGUUCGACCAGAUGAGCGGGGUGGCUGCAGACGGCAUGAUCAACGUGGACAUGGGCGACAAGAGGGCCCUGGACCUGCCCUACGGCGGCGGCUUCGCGUCCGGCGCCCCGGCCUCCCGCAACCAGACCUUCACCUACAUGGGCAAAUUCUCCAUCGACCCGCAGUACCCCGGCGCCGGCUGCUACCCCGAGGGCAUCAUCAACAUCGUGAGCGCGGGCAUCCUGCAGGGGGUCAGCGCGCCCUCCUCCGCCGCCUCCUCCGCCUCCUCCGCCGCCUCCUCCGCCUCCUCCUCGGCCACCGCCGCCUCCGCCGCCUCCGCCUCCCCCAACCCGCUGGCCGGGGCCCUGGGCUGCACCAUGGCGCAGGGCCAGCCGGCCGACCUGGAGCACCUCUACUCGCCGCCGCCGCCGCCCUACUCGGGCUGCGGCGAGCUGUACCCGCAGGACCCCUCCUCGGCCUUCCUGCCCGCCGCCGGCGGCGGGGCGCUGCCGUUCCCCCCGCCGCCCUCCUACCCCUCCCCGAAGGCGGCGGCGGCCGACGGCGGGCUCUUCACCAUGAUCCCCGAGUACGGCGGCUUCUUCCCGCCGCCCCAGUGCCAGCGGGAGCUGCACGCCGGCCCCGACCGCAAGCCCUUCCCCUGCCCACUCGACUCACUCCGCGUCCCGCCGCCCCUCACGCCGCUCUCCACCAUCCGCAACUUCACCAUGGGGGCGCCCCCGGCGGGCGCCGCCCCCGGCAGCGCCCCCGGCGGCGCCCCCGGCCCCGGCGGCGGCGGUCCCGGCCCCGGCGGGGGAGCGGAGGGCGCCCGGCUGCCCGGCGGCGCCUACAGCCCGCACCACCUGCCGCUGCGGCCCAUCCUGCGGCCCCGCAAGUACCCCAACCGGCCCAGCAAGACGCCGGUGCACGAGCGGCCCUACCCCUGCCCCGCAGAGGGCUGCGACCGCCGCUUCUCCCGCUCCGACGAGCUCACCCGCCACAUCCGCAUCCACACGGGCCACAAGCCCUUCCAGUGCCGCAUCUGCAUGCGCAACUUCAGCCGCAGCGACCACCUCACCACCCACAUCCGCACGCACACCGGCGAGAAGCCCUUCGCCUGCGACUUCUGCGGCAGGAAGUUCGCCCGCUCCGACGAGAGGAAGCGGCACACCAAGAUCCACCUGCGCCAGAAGGAGCGCAAGGGAGCGGGAGCCGCCGGGGCCGGGGCCGGGGCCGGGGCCGGGUGCCCGCAGCCCGGCGGUGGGAGCGGGGCCGCCCUGGCCCCCUGCGCGGCGCGGACGCGGACGCCCUGA